AUGGGACAUCUUCAAAGCAAAGAAGAAUGUUUCUAUCUGAGCCCGGAUUUGCAUCAAGCCCUCGAUGAUAAACUUUGGAAACAGAAAACUGGAUUUAAUUUGGCAAAUUAUAAUAUGGACGAGUCAUUGUCUGAGUUAUCAAUAUGUUUAGAGGAGAGAACGGAGUCUUCACCGCUGAGAGUGCAACUUCCACCCAGACGUUCGGAAACGGAAACGUCAAAACUGCUGACGCUUGAUCACGAGGACACAGGAAACCAUGACAACGAAGGCAGUCAUGAUAAGAGUAAGAUAAAGAUAGAGGAGUUUGAGUGCGGUGUCCACUUUGAGUGUUCCGAGAACGCGAAACAGGAGUGGGCUUUCACACUGUAUGACUUUGACGGUCAUGGGAAGAUUACCAAGGAGGAUCUGGCAAGUCUUCUCAAAGCACUGUACGAUGCCGUUGGGUCGUCUAUCAAACUCCCACCCAACGGUGCCAAAACUUUGAAACUCCGCUUGACCGUUGGUCAAGAGACCAUGUCCCAUGUACAAAAUCCCAACAUCAAGUCGGCAGAACACAGCAGAGCUACCAAUAAAACACCCAGACACAAGGAGCGCGAGUUUUCCAAGAUGAACAAUCUCACACGAGGUCACGUCAAGCGAAAUAACGAAUGCCAAGGUCAGCGGGUUCUCAGUCAAACCACGCCAACCACAAACCAGGCAACCAUGAACCAGGCAACAACGGCAACCAUGAACCAGGCAACCACGGCAAACAUGAACCAGGCAACAACGGCAACCAUGAAUCAGGCAGCCACGGCAACCAUGAACCAGGCAACAACGGCAACCAUGAACCAGGCAACAACGGCGACCAUGAAUCAGGCAGCCACGGCAAACAUAAACCAGGCAGGAAAGAAGGAGGUCAGUACUAAACCGGGAGUGAUGAAUCAUCAACCUGAAAAAGAACAUCAGCGACUUAUCGACACUGUUCAGGAGAAUCUGGCCCCGAACCAAGGGCGACAAUUCAGGAAACACCAAAAUGAAACUCGCAAUCUUGUCCACAACCGCCACAAGCGACCGCAUCGGGCCUCAGGACUUCACUGCCCUACAACCUCUGCCCUCCACUGCCCUACAACCUCUGCUCCCACUGAGCAGACAACGUCUUCACCCACCGGUACCAGAAAACAUUUGGCAGAAACCACGAUAAACAACGCGCCAAAAGAAAGUAAGGAUCGCAGAGAUUACUAUCUGGAUCUAGCUGGGGUGGAAUGUAACAGUUCCAAGGUUCUCAACAACGUAUGCUUACCCAGUUGUGGUCGAAUGCUCGGCAAAAAUAAACACAGAUCAGACGAUGUCUCCUUUGGAGCUACAAAUGAGAUAUUUCCUGGUCAUGAUAAGUGUGACGUGACCUCGCAUUUGUCGCAAGAACAGUCCGCUGUGUCGUUUCUUUUCCCGCAACUCAGUUGUGAUAUUCCUUCUUGCUCGUUGCAAGAAAAAUGUAUUUCUUCCCGCCUGACCCAUGAAAAGUGCGUCGUCACUUCCUGUUUAACACACGAAAAACGUGAUAUUUGCGGUCGUUUAAACCGAGAAAAAUGCAGUAUUUCUUCCCGUUUAUCGCAGGAAAAAGGUGAUAUUUCUUCCCGUUUAACGCAGGAAAAAGGUGAUAUUUCUUCUCCUUUAAACCAGGAAAAGUGUAGUGUAACUUCCCGUUUAGCGCAGGAAGAGAGUGAUGUUUUAUCACCUUUAAGGAGGGAAAAGUGUGACGUUUUUUCACUUCUGGCACAAGAAAAGUGUAGUAUUUCCUCACGUUUGUCUCAGGGAAAAUGUGGCAUUUCUUUAAGUACUCUGCAUGAAAAAUGUGAUCCGUCAUUUCAAAUAGCUGAUGAAAAGUGUGAUACAGCUUCAUGUAAGCUAAAGGAAAAUGGCGAUAUUUUUUCACGUCUUGCUCAUGAAAAAUGUGAUAUUUCAUCACGUCCUUUUAAGGGAAAAGGUGAUAUUUACCCACGUCUGCUCCAGGAAAAAAGUGACAUUUCUUCACGUCUUACCCAGAUAAAAGGUGAUAUUUGUUCACGUAUUUCCCAGGAAAAAGGUGAUAGUUUUUCACGUCCUUCCCAGGGAAAACGUGACGAAGCUCUACGUCUGACGCCGGCAACAUGUGAUACUUCUUCGCGCUUUCUGCGUGACAAAUGUAAUGUAGAUUCACGAUCACAGGACAAGUCCACUCCUCCUUCACGCCUCCAACAGACAAUCAAUGAUUAUCCAUCUCAAUUACCACUAGGAAAAUAUGAUAAUUUGGUAAGACAAGAAGGUGAACUGGGAGCCAGUAAAAAAUCUCAGGGACUUCCCAGUAAACUUAAUUUAAGGUCAAAAUCCUUAGAUGUCCCAGAAAUUCCCAAAUCAACGAAACCUACAAAGUCCAAAAAACCGAAAGGUUGGUUGAACUUCAGUGGCGGCCGUUUCCGGCCUGUCAGCUUGCCAGGCCAGGAGUCCAUAACCGUGUUGCCUGAUUGUCAUCGACGACAGCGCCAUCGUGAGAAGGACCGUGAUGUGAUGAUGCAGCAGGUGGCCGAGUGGAUAGAGCGGGAGCAUGUGGACAGUGUUGUGGUUCAGAGACAUGAGCACCAUCAUAUACAUGAGCAUCAUCAUCAUCACCACUUCCAUCACCACCAUGAGACAUGA